AAUAUGAACGGAUCUGGUUAACCUUGCGUACGAGUAUAAUCAUAGCAGUAAAUUUUUGUUUCUGAGUCGUAUAUUAAAAUUUUAGCAAUGGAAAAAGUUGAAAAAAACAAAGAAAUACAUACGGCUUCACUAAGUGAAACAUUACAAUCAUUUGAAAAGAGCUUGGGAUUUAAAAAUAAAAUAAAAUGGAAUAACGUUAUAAUUAUCGUUCUAUACCAUGUCAUAGGUAUUUACUGGAGUUAUAAGUACGCUUUUCCAGCGAAAUGGCAAACCCUAGUUUUUGCUCUAGCCAUGUUCGUAUUCAAUGGUGUAGGUAUUGGGGCAGGAGUUCAUAGACUUUGGACACACAGAGCGUUUAAAGUGAACUUACCUUUUCACUUAAUUUUACUCGCUGCCUAUGCAAGCGCUGGACAGAAUUCCAUAUAUGAAUGGGUUCUCGACCACCGCGUUCACCAUAAGUAUAGCGAUACAGAUGGUGACCCACACAAUGCCAAUCGUGGCUUGUUUUUUUCUCACAUCGGAUGGCUAAUGUCGAAGAAAAACGAGCAUGUAUUGAGUGGUGGCAAGCAGAUAGACAUGAGCGACAUAACCGAUGAUCCGCUGCUACGUUUUUAUAACAAGUAUUUCGCAUAUAUGAAACUGAUAUUCUGCUAUAUUCUACCAUUCUACAUUAACGUUUAUUUGUUGGGUGAAACCUGGCAAUGUACUAUAGCGUGGCAAUGGUUUAUACGUUUCUUGUGUGCGUUCCACGGUGAACUAACGGUUAACAGCCUCGCACAUACAUUUGGAUCUAGGCCUUACAACAAAGAAAUAGUACCUACACAAAACAAAUUCGUAUCACUUGUAACAUUGGGCGAAGGUACCCAUAAUUUCCAUCAUGCGUUUCCAUACGAUUAUAGAUCAGGAGAACAAUUUGACUACUUCAAUUUUAACACGUUCCUAAUAGAUAUGUUCAGUAAGAUAGGUUGGGCGUAUGACUUACGAGCAGCUACGCCAGCUAUGAUCGACUCUGUGUCGCAAAGACUGGGUGAUGGAACCCGCAUAAACCGAUCACGGAUGACUCAUGCUGAGACUGAAAAGGAAUAAUUGAAAAAUAUGAGUGAAAAGAGCAACGCAUCAGUAACCGAUUAUCAGAAACCGAUUUAUUUUUCCAGCUUACUUUUCAUUACUUUACUUAUGGUUUUGUUUUUACAUUUUAACAAACAGUUUCAUUUAUAAUAUGUAAUAAAUAAAGGGUUUUCUUAAAAAUAUUA